AAAACAAUUCAACUGGUUAUGAUGAUUCAAUAUUGGUUAUUGAAGUGUUUAACAACGAUGAAGAGGAGUCCAAAUAUGAAUUGAAAGAAAGUAUCACAAAUACUCUCCAACGACUCAUGAAAAAUUUAGAUAAAUUAAAACAAUUAAAUGAACAAAUAUAUGAAUUGAAAGAAAGUAUCAUAAAUAUUCUCCAUCAACUCAUGAAAAAUUUAAAUGAACAAAUAUAUGAAUUGAAAAAAAGUAUCAUAAAUGCUUUCCAACGACUCAUAAAAAAUUUAACUAAAGAAAAGCAAGAAAAUGAACAAAUUAGAAAUGAAACAUUGUUCCUUGAACAAGAAAAUAAACAAAUUAUAAGCGAUUAUUUAUUUCUUAAACAAGAAAAUUAA